CACAAUCAGACUCGGCGAAUACCUCCCGCCACAUCAAUACUCGGACUAGCCUUCGCCGCCGCCGCCUAACGGGCGCUCUCGCCCGUCGAUAUCCUCCCUCCCACUCCCCACGCAUAUCCGCAUAGAUUCCCGUCAUGAGGCGCCUCGACAUAUCCGCUACUGGCGCUUUCCUCGCCUCCCUGCUCGCCCUCGCGCCCGCGCCGGCUUCCGCAUUCUACUUUCCGGGCGUCGCGCCGACUUCAUACAAGAAAGGCGACGCGGUACCGCUCUACGUCAACCACCUCACGCCCGCCGACUCGCAAAACGACCCCAAGCUACGCUCCGUCUUCUCCUUCGACUAUUACCAUCCGCCGUUCCACUUCUGCCAGCCUGAAGGCGGCCCCAAAUACAUCCGGGAAAGCUUGGGGAGCAUAUUGUUCGGCGACCGCAUACAGACGAGUCCGUUUGAGCUGAAGAUGGCGGUGAACGAGACGUGCAAAGCUCUGUGCGAGCCGCGAGAAUAUGCGCCGAGGGAUGCGCUGUUCGUCAAUAGCAGGAUAUACCAGGGGUACGACUUGAACUGGUUAAUAGACGGGCUGCCGGCGGCGCAGCUGCUGAAAGAUCCAAACUCAAAUACGCCUUUUUACAGCCCUGGAUUUGCACUGGGCCAGGUGGACGGAGAAUACCCGCAGCUCAACAACCAUUACGACAUCGUGAUCGAUUAUCACGAGGCCGGCCCGGACAACUACCGCGUCGUAGGUGUGCUUGUGGACCCCUACUCAUACAGAGACUCCAAGUACAUCGACAAGGGGCAGGCAGAAUGCGGCAAUGAGGAAAAUGCAGUGGUUUUGGACGAGAACGGGAACAUGUCGGUAACAUUCACGUACAGCGUAUACUGGCGCCUCAGCCCUACGCCGUUCGCGACGCGAUGGGACAAGUAUCUCCACGUCUAUGACCCGAAGAUACACUGGUUCUCCCUCAUCAACUCUGCCGUCAUUGUGGUCUUCUUGAUAGGAAUGGUUAGCACCAUACUCGUGCGGACCCUGAAGAAGGACAUUGCGAGGUACAACCGUCUAGACCAGCUCGCCUUAGACGACUUUGGGCCCAAUGGCAACAUUGAGGAUGGCGUGCAAGAAGAUUCGGGCUGGAAGCUUGUGCACGGUGACGUCUUCAGACCGCCGAAGAAUCCCCUGUUCUUGGCCGUCCUGGUCGGCAACGGCGCCCAGCUAUUCAUGAUGGCUGGCUUGACAAUCGCAUUCGCGCUCCUCGGUUUCCUAUCCCCAAGCAACCGCGGCGCCCUCGGAACCGUCAUCAUCAUCUUCUACACCCUCUUCGGCUUCAUUGGUGGCUACGUCUCCUCGCGGAUCUACAAAUUCUUCCAUGGCGAAUCCUGGAAGCUCUGUUUCUUCUACACGCCCUUUGCGCUCCCCGGCCUCGUCUUCGCCACCUUCUUCCUGCUGAACCUCUUUGUCUGGGGUCGCGGCGCCUCCGGAGCCGUCCCCUUCACCACAAUGCUGAUCGUUGUCAUUAUCUGGUUCGUCAUCAGUGUUCCGCUCAGUUUCGCCGGCUCCUGGGUCGGCUUUAGGCAACCCGUCGUCGAAGCACCAGUGCGCACCAACCAGAUCCCCCGCCAGAUCCCCCCGGCGGGCGGCUACCUGCGUCCCUUCCCCUCUAUGGCACUUGCAGGCGUCCUUCCCUUCGGCGCCAUCUUCGUCGAGCUCUACUUCAUCAUGAACUCGAUCUGGUUCUCCAAGGUCUACUACAUGUUCGGCUUCCUGUUCAUCUGCUACGGGCUGAUGAUCAUGACAAGUGCCGCCGUCACCGUCCUCAUGAUCUACUUCCUGCUCUGCGCCGAGAACUACCACUGGCAGUGGCGCAGCUUCUGCACGGCGGGCGCGAGCGCGUUUUAUGUGUUUGCGAGCGCGCUGCUGUAUUGGAUGAAGGAUGUGCAUUUUUUGAGCUGGACGAGUGGGGUGGUGUAUUUAGGGUAUAGUGCGUUGCUAAGUUUGCUUUUUUUUGUGCUUACUGGUACGAUUGGCUUCUUUGCGAGCUGGUUGUUCGUUUUGAAGAUUUAUAAGUCCAUCAAGGUGGACUGAGCGAGCUCCGGUCGAAUGAGAUAUGCUUUCAAUCUUUUGCCCCGUCGACAUUUCUGGUUGGUGUAUGUAUGUUUGCCAAUGCGCUCAAAAGGUUAUUCGGCUUGUAUAGCUUAGACGCGUAAGGAGUCGGAUGGCGUUAUUCACUUCUUCCCACUUUUGCAAUCUUGAUCGUCGUCAUUUGGGUCGUGUGCAUAGCGCAUGGCGGGGACUUGAUAUCCAGGAAAUCAUUGAAUCCGGAAUUCAAACCGUAGGGCUUCGCAUCAGGUAGUUCCGGGCUGGUGCGGUCAAAAAAAGAAUGGGAAGUUUGUAUAAACGCAUAUACUAUGCUAUGCUGUCCCG